AUGCAGUCGGCCUGGCUGUUCAAUGAACAAGCAUUGAAAGCCCGUGGAAUCGGCUUCCCGCCCUCCCCGAAGUGGUGGAAGCUCACACAUUGUGGCUUGACAUUGGCGGGUCAAGAUUCCAAAGCAAUGAACAAGCCAUACAAAGCAAAGUUCAACGAAACGUUUGAGGUGCUCCAAUUCUUGCAGACUUUUGAGGGCAAUGUGAUUUUGACAUGUGAAGGCUUUCACAGUCUUCCAACAUUUCGACUGAGAUUGUUAAGAGAUUUGGUGUCCGACUUUGAUGUCACCGUGGUUUAUACCUACCGGAAUGUAGUAUCAAAGAUGUUUUCUCAAUGGCGCUUCAGCAGCAUGAAAGGAAUUACUCUAGAGAGUGCUUCAGACUAUUUCUGGCAUGGAGGGUGGGAUGAAACAGAGGCAAUUGCAAACCUUGUUACCGUAUUUGGGCGCGAGCGAGUGCGAAUCCUGGACUAUGAUGGUGUUCUGUUUGCCGGCGAGAGCCUGGCGAAUGUAGGGCUUCGAGCAGCAUUCGGACUUUUCACGCCACCUUUAAACUUGAACCUUUCAAAUCACACAAGGAUCAACCCGUCUCAGCCACCCACGUACUAUUACAUCAAAUCUUUGCUCACACACUUUUCGAUCUACGUUCGGGCCAAGUACGGCUGCAAGGUGGCUCUCGAGAACUGGAUGAACUACAGUGAACUGUACCUGGCAGACUUUGCAGAUCAAAUCCCUUUAACCUCCUCAGGGCCCAAGCCUUUGUUUGCGCAAGGAGCUCUGGUCUAUGAUUCCUGGGUCAGAACGCAAUAUUGCGAUAUCAUGUGGUUCGGUGGCAUGGGGCGCUUGCCCCUGCUCAAAGAAAUUGAGUCCACCUUGCCACUGUAUGUACUUGAUGUCAACAGUUUUCAUGCCCAGUUUGAUUUGUGGGCGCAACGCUUCGAAGAGCAAUACUUAAAGCGUUCCCAGCUGCAGGAGGUGACAAAAAUCCUCCUGGAGGAGGUGCUUCAUCGGGACGAUGGAGAGCACCAGGGCCUGUACCCCCAAAACCCCUAUCCGUAUACCUACAGAAGGCCUUCCCUGGACUGCGCCGUGCUUGGCCAUGCCGUGCUGCGGCUGCUCGGCGUGGCUGGUGCCGACGUCCGCGCACGGCCCAGCGGGGGAAGCGAAGGCGUGCAGCUAUCUGCCACUAGCUCCACCUUAUUGGGGUCCAAAAGAGGCCACGGCGUCGAGUCUUCCCGCCGAGUCGGUGCUGGUGAGUGCGACGACGCCCUCGUUUCAGAUGCCUUUGGAGUGGCCGCUCUGUGUGGCCUUGCAGCUGCGCGCCCGUUCCGACUCUUCGUGCCCAACUGGUCGAGGCGUUCCCAGCUGCAGGAGGUGACAAAAAUCCUCCUGGAGGCAAAGGGAUGCGAGCUGAGCCAGGACGCCUGGCAACGUUUCCAUGCCUUGGGUGACCCAGAAGUGGAGGAGGUGCUUCAUCGCAUGGGAUGUCUGGACGAUGGGGAGCACCAGGCCUCCUUGCGCAGCGAGCUGCUCGCGAAGCUGCGCCGGGCAAGAGCCAAGCUGGAUGAGGAGCGUUUGCGCAACAAGAUGCCGCAGCCACGGCAAGUGCCAUUUUCAGGAGCCUUGGCAGUUGAGGCCACCCUGGCCCUAGUGGAGCUGGCUCGAGUGCAGGAUUCGGAUGUUUUGCAGGUUUUCUUGGAGCAAGAGCUCUUGAAACGCUGUGUGGUGCACCUCUUUGUGCGGCCCUGGGGCGCCGUGAUGCUCAACACCGUGGGUGCCCUAUGUUUGGAACUCAUUCGGAGUCCUCAAAGUUCUUCAGUGAAGGCCCUCUGCCUCUUCUUAGAAGAUGGCGCCGUGAUGGGCCGCGUGGCAAAGGCCUUGAAGGCGGUGGCGCAAGAGACGCACCGUGACUGGUAUGCGCCCGAGCUCACUGGGCUGCUGCGGAAGAUCUUGGGGGAGUUGCGUGAUGCCGGGAGCACAUGGUCAGAGGUGCAGGAGCGCCUUGACUCCUUAGCAUGUUGGACAGAGGUGGUGCUUCCGGACCUCGAAGAGUUCGCGCAGCUGGAGCAAGAACCCUUGGGUGGCUUCCCGAAACUGGACACGCCGUCCUUCCCCAUGGUGAACGUGGAUGACGUGGAGUUCAGUCCCGAGGACCUUCGCGAUCUGGAUGAAGACUUGGACACCGAGUUCCUUCUUGACUUGGGUCAUGGGCAGCUGCAGCGACAGGCCCAGGUGUCAGCGCGCAAAGACGACGCAGAGUUGGCGCACGAAAAGGGCAACGGCGAUGACCCAGAGGAGGAAGGUGAAGCUGGUGAAUGGGUCUGA